CGUCUACUUCAGAAUGGCCUCACCACCAGUUAUGGCGGUCCCCGCCAAGCCGCCCUCCUUAGCGGGCUUCGACGGCCCAUUCAGCUCGGCCGGGGUUCAGGGCCUUGCAGCGCCCGAACUGGGAAACCCCUAUUGCAGAUACAAUGCGACUCAAGCUGCCUGGGAUACUCCCGACGUGCCGAUGUGCCAGGCAAAUAUGCGCGACCUCAACUUCCAGCGCAACGUCUACAGCUACUUCGACAACUCCAAGCAUCGCACCAGCAGGGCCCACCACUUCUCCGACUGGCAAGCCGUCGGUGGAUCCCAACUAUGGCAACUCCUCAUCAACGACGUCAAUGGCUGGCAUUAUCGGAGGUGUUGUCGGGGCUCUUGCAGCCCUAGCAGUCGCUGCAGUAUUCGUGAUAUGGCACCGCCGCAGGAACCACAGCCGUUUGAAAGGCCCGAUCCCCUAUGUUAGGCCAGGCUCGCAUCACUCCGUCGGCCGGCCCCCUUCCCCGAGUCGAAUCCCUUCUCCAUCCGAAGUUGUUUCCAUCGCACCGGCUUCUUCUCGGUUGAGCGACCAUUAUGCGCCUCUUCCCCACGUUUCCGCCGCCAACAAAAUCGCGGCGCACGGGAUAUUCGGCGAGCAGGCGCCGUCUGCGACGACCGAAGAGCUUCCUCCUCCGUACGUUAUCGGCAUCUCGGAUAGCGCUGCCGGUUCUUCGGCCCAGACGAGUACUUCGUUGCCGAACGCGUUCAGAGCUAUAAAAGAGUGCAAACCGCAACUGAUGGACGAGCUGGUGUUGAUGGUCGGGGACAUGGUAAGGAGGAGUUCACAGAUGGCUGGGCAAAAGCCACCAAUUUACGUACGGGCGAUGAAGGGAUGGUACCGGUUUCUGCUUUGGCUCGGACUGCUCGACGGACACCCUCUGCGAAGAGCUCGUCUUUCGCUUGAGCCGGGUUCUCCAACAGCUUUUGCCUCAUCUUUCUUUCAGGAAGGGAACAGCGCUACUGACAUCUAGCUAUGUAGACUGGCGUUAAUGUGGUUUCCUUCAUCGUUAUCGGUCAAGUGGGAGACGUUUUACGUAUGUAGCUAGUUUAGGAGGA